AUGAUUAAAAAUCCUUCUAAAAGAUAAGGAGGCAAAAAUGGAAUAGAUGAAAUACUUUAACACAGAUGGUUUAAAAAUAUAGAUAUAGCUUAAUUUGUAAAUAAGGCUAUCAAACAACCUUUUAUUCCUGAUCUACAAAAGUUAAAUUUAAAAUCAGUGAAUUAGAACGAUAAAUAAUUUCUUGGGUUGAUGUAAAGAGAAUAGAAAUAGAAUGCAUCUUUCAAAACAAUGUUUUCUAGCGAUUUUUAUUUUUCAAAUAACCUAGAAACAGAUAAAAGUAUCUAAUUUUCAAAAUCCAUUAUAGAAAACCUUGUUAAAAAGACUUUAGUCAAUAAAUAAUGCUUAACAAAUCUUUAGUUACAAACAUCUUCUCAAAUAAACAUUUACUAAUAACAAAUCCAAUCCUGA